GCCGCGUCGGUCGAUGCAACAACUACAAGAAAUACAACUGUGUAUAUUAUAUAGAAGAAAAAAAAAAAACAGAGAGAUGGUGAGAAAAAAGAAUCUUUGAAAACCAAUAACUGAUCUGGCAGAUGCAGUUGUUGAGCUUAUGUUAUACAAAUGGUGAAGAAAUUGAAGCAUCAAUGGUGGAGGUCUCCUCAAAACAACAAUUACUCCUUCCUUAUCAAAUUGGGUGUUUCAGUUCUUCUAGUGGCUCUUGCAUUUGUGCUUAUCUACAACAAAUCCUCUGAUUCUUUUGCACUUUCAGCCUCCCCUUUUCUUCAAAACACCAUUUCUCAACAAAAUACACAUCACAUUCCUACCAAAGAGUAUGGCACAGACAGUGAAGAAAAGUGCAAUCUUUUUACUGGGGAGUGGGUUGCUUAUAAGGCAGAGCCUGUGUACACAAAUAGGAGUUGCAGCUUCAUUGAAGAACACCAGAAUUGUAUGAAGAAUGGCCGGCCCGACACGAAUUAUCUUUACUGGAGGUGGAGUCCCCGGGGUUGUGAGCUGCCUCGGCUUGACCCCGGGAGGUUCCUGCAGUUGAUGAGGAACAAAAGCUGGGCCUUCAUUGGUGAUUCCAUAUCAAGAAACCAUGUCCAGUCUUUCCUAUGCUUGCUCUCCGAGGUCGAAGAGGCUAUCGAAGUUUACCAUGACAAAAACUACAAAUCUCGAAGAUGGCUCUUCCCGUUGCACAACCUCACCGUCUCGGUUAUCUGGUCCCCGUUUCUGGUUCAAGCUGCCGUCUUCGAAGACAGCAACAGUUUUUCUACAUCAGAUGAUGUUGAACUGCAUCUUGAUACACUCGAUAAGAUUUGGACUCAGCCGUACAAGAGCUUGGAUUAUAUGAUACUUUCAGGUGGCAAGUGGUUCCUAAGAAAUGCAAUCUACUACGAGAACAACACCGUGUUGGGCUGCCACAGCUGCUCCAAGAGGAACUUCACCGAGCUAGGGUUCGACUUUGCAUACCGCAGAAUGAUGAGGACUGUACUCAACUACAUCAUAGCAUCAAAUCACAAGGGCAUGCUCUUUUACAGGACCUCCACUCCGGAUCACUUCGAGGGGGGCGAGUGGUACGAGGGUGGAACAUGUAAAAGAGAAGCACCGGUGCAAGAAGGCAAAGUUGAGCUAACUGAGCUGGACAAGAUUCUCCAUGACAUAGAGGUGGAGGAAUUUGAGAAGCUAUCAGGAAAAGUAUCUGAAAGUGGGGUGAAUCUAAGGCUCUUCGACGUGAAUCCUAGGUCAUUGUUAAGACCCGAUGGACAUCCGGGCCCCUACCGAUUCUAUCAACCUUUUGCCAAAGACAAGGAGGCGAAGAUCAUCAGCGACUGCCUGCAUUGGUGCCUGCCUGGCCCGAUAGAUUCUUGGAACCACGUCUUGAUGGAAAUGGUCGUAAGUUGAGGGAAAUCUGCAUAUGCUGAAUCUUGAAUUCGAUAUUGUGAAGGUCAUGAUAAUGAACUCUGAUUCAUCAGUUGAUUUAAAUUGGGAGAUGAAGUA